AUGCUGUCCAGCUCCCCGGGACAGACCUCCCCGGGCCCGGCUCCGCCCCGGCCCGACCCGGACCCCUACCUCCCCGACCCCCCGGGCCCGCAGUCGCAACCGGCCCCGCAGCCGCCCCCGCAGCCGGUCCCGGCCCCGGCCCCCGCCCCGGCCCCGCAGCAGUUCCCCGCCUUGUACGUGAAGACCCCGCAGAUCAAGAGGAACGCCAUCACCGACGACUACAAGGUCACCACGCAGGUCCUGGGGCUCGGCAUCAACGGAAAAGUUUUGCAGAUCUUCCACAAGAAGUCGGGGGACAAAUUCGCCCUCAAGAUGCUGCAGGACUGUCAAAAGGCCCGCAGGGAGGUCGAGUUGCACUGGCGAGCCUCCCAGUGCUCCCAUAUCGUCAAGAUCGUGGAUGUCUACGAGAACCUCUACUCGUCCAAGAAGUGUCUGCUCAUUGUGAUGGAGUGCUUGGAUGGCGGGGAGCUCUUUAGCCGGAUCCAGGACCGGGGCGACCAGGCCUUCACAGAAAGAGAGGCAUCAGAGAUCAUGAAGAGCAUUGGGGAAGCCAUCCAGUACUUACAUUCAAUCAAUAUUGCACACAGGGAUGUCAAGCCAGAGAACCUCCUCUACACCUCCAAGCGGCCCAAUGCCAUUCUCAAACUCACCGACUUCGGCUUUGCCAAGGAGACCACCACCCACAACUCUUUGACUACCCCUUGCUACACCCCAUACUACGUGGCUCCGGAAGUGCUGGGACCCGAGAAGUACGACAAGUCCUGUGACAUGUGGUCUCUUGGAGUCAUCAUGUACAUCCUGCUGUGUGGGUACCCUCCGUUCUACUCCAACCACGGGCUGGCCAUCUCUCCUGGCAUGAAAUCACGCAUCCGGAUGGGCCAGUACGAGUUUCCCAACCCGGAAUGGUCGGAGGUGUCCGAAGAAGUGAAAAUGCUGAUCCGGAACCUAUUGAAGACGGACCCCACCCAGCGCAUGACCAUCACAGAGUUCAUGAACCAUCCUUGGAUCAUGCAAUCCAUGACAGUCCCUCAGACUCCACUGCACACCAGCCGGGUCCUGAAGGAGGAUAAGGAGAGGUGGGAGGAUGUCAAGGAGGAGAUGACUAGUGCCUUGGCCACAAUGCGUGUGGACUACGAACAGAUCAAGAUCAAGAAAAUCGAGGACGCGUCCAACCCCUUGCUCCUGAAGCGGCGGAAGAAAGCCCGGGCCCUGGAGGCGGCCGCCCUCGCCCACUGAGUCGUCCGGCCCGAGGCCUCGGCCGCCACCGCCUCCUGCUCAGCCCAUGGGGCUGAGCCCCAGCCUCCGCCCCGGGGAGGAAAAGCAAUAACUCUCAAUAGAAAUCUAUUUUUUGUAAAGCAGAGACACCAAACCGUCCUCUCCACCUGCACGGAGCCAAGACACCGGGCAAGGAGGCGUCUGUGCCCUUCAGCUGCUGCCCACUUCUGUGGCCCGUCUCUCGGGGAGAGAGACGAGGAGGCGGGAAGAGGAGAGAGAGCCCCUUCUCCAACCCGCCUUCCUUGGCCACCGCUGCCUCCUCCCUCCUCCCUGGUCGAUUUUGGCCCUCGUGAAAUCUCUUUUUCUUUUUUCCCUUCCCCUGAUCAUGGCGGGACCUAAGGGCCAAGAACUGGUUGCGAAUUUUUCGGACCUGCUGUAGGGGUUGUUACCACAUCGUUUCAUCCUCCCUCCUCGCCCUCCUCUCCCUCGAGGGCCCUGCUCCGGCCGUCUCCCACCCGCAAACCUGGGAGAGAUUUCUGCCUUUCUUGGGGGGUGGGGGAGGAGGGGUCGCUGCCUGGGAAACUGAGCCACAGGGGCCGGAGCGCUUGAGCGAGCCACUGAGAUCUGGCCUCUAUCCCUCUGCCCAAACUCAUCAUCUGGAGAUGGACUCGUGAUGGGGGCGGGCGGUGGGACUGAGGCCGGCCAGGGUGAGAGGGUCAUGAGGCUAUUUGACCCCGGAAUGGAGACACUGCUGCCCCAGUGAGGUUGGGGGGCGAGGGGAGGGGGUCGGGAAAGGAGUGAGAGAGUGUCUGUGUGUGUUUGUGUGUGUGUGUCCUUGCGCGCUUGUGCUCGUGAGAGAGCAGAUCUGGGGCCUGGUGUUUGGACAGGGGCCUACUCUUGGGAGGGCGGGCUUCGCGUUGAGUCCUGCAUAGCUGUUGGUGCUGUGGAAUGAGACCCCUCUGUCCCUCCACCCUCCCAAUCCUGCCCUCCUGAUUGCUGAAUGUCCCAUUGAUUCGAAUCAGUCGGCCAGUCAAUCAAUUAGUGGUAUUUAUUGAGUGCUUACUGGGUGCAGAGCGCUGUACUAAGCGCUUGGGAGAGAACA